AUGAGUAGGAUCCUGGAGAGCGAAAAUGAAACAGAAAGUGACGAAAGCUCCAUCAUAUCCACAAACAAUGGGACGGCCAUGGAAAGAUCAAGAAAUAAUCAAGAACUAAGGUCAUCUUCUCAUACCGUUCAAAAUAGACUGGAACUUUUUAGCAGAAGGUUGUCUCAGCUGGGAUUGGCAAGUGACAUUUCUGUUGACCAACAAGUUGAAAGUUCUUCCAAUGGUACUUAUGAGCAGAGAGAGGUGACUAAGAUAAAUGCACAGACUAGCGAACAUAAGAGCCAUAAAGAAGAAAUAAAUAUCCAAAAGAUUCAGAUAAAAUUUCAACCCAUUGGAUCCAUUGGACAGUUGAAACCUUCUGUCUGCAAAAUAUCAAUGUCACAGUCUUUUGCGAUGGUUAUUUUAUUUCUCAAAAGACGACUGAAGAUGGACCAUGUUUAUUGUUAUAUAAAUAAUUCGUUUGCGCCAAGUCCACAACAAAAUAUCGGAGAGCUUUGGAUGCAAUUUAAAACCAAUGAUGAGCUUAUUGUAAGUUAUUGUGCAUCGGUAGCGUUUGGUUGA